GAAGUGAUCGUGCAUGUUCCUAAUUCAAAAUUUUAAAAUUUCCCUCGAACUUUUAUCGACAAGAGGCAUACGAUUUUAAACAUUCAGCCUGAAAAAUAACUCUCACAAACUAAGUGGAAAGUGAUAAAAGUGUAUUUUUCUGUCGUGAAUUUUAUGAAAAUGUGUUUAGUAAAGUUUAUGUGACAAGUUGCGGUUAAAGUUCAGACCUUGUUCUGGAUGUUACUAGUUUAAAGAUAUCGUGGUAAAAUAUUUACAUUUAGUGAGUGAGGACAAUAUAUAAAAAGAUCUGUAUAAAAUUUUGGGGUAUGAGACAAGGAAAGGACGAACCCUAGUGAUGUAAUCUAAGUACGUUACUGCGUCGUUUUGGCGCAUUUGAUUAUUGGACUAGUGAUGCUACAACAAUAUCGAUAAGUGCGAUUUGAAACCGGAUGAAUACACUCAUGCUGACGACAGGUGGAGUUGUGGAUGACCAGCCCAUGGACGGGAACAUGUCUUUUUCAUCGUACAACAUGAUGGACACCGGUGGAGGAGGUAUCGAAUCACCACCAACCUACCACAGAAGCUACGAACAAUAUGUCCAAGGAGCAGUAGAUAAUAGCACAGAUUCCGUCCAAGAACAGACCAGUCCAGAACUUGUAGUCUGGUCUACCCUUCCCUAUGGCUUAGACUAUAGAGCACAGUACGAUUAUAGAAGUCCAUAUGAUACGUCUAGAGACUAUUCUCCCCAACAAUAUGCGCGUGCGCCGUUUACGACGAAAAUGGGACAAGCGAAGGCGUUAAAGGAAGCCAGGAUACGAAGACCCAUGAAUGCCUUUAUGGUGUGGGCGAAGGUGGAGCGGAAGAAGUUGGCUGACGAAAACCCCGAUCUUCAUAAUGCUGAUUUAAGUAAAAUGCUAGGUAAAAAAUGGCGUUCGUUGACCCCUCAAGAUCGACGGCCGUUUGUGGAGGAAGCGGAGAGACUACGCGUCAUUCAUAUGACCGAGCAUCCAAACUACAAGUACCGGCCAAGACGACGAAAACAGAACAAGACAAGACCAAACCAACCGGCUACUCCAUCCAGCGCCCCACCUUCCGCCUCCGCCACGUUGGGUUCUCCAUACGCAAACGCAACAGACUCCCCAGACACGCGCUUCUCCCACAACCCAGGAGCUGGUUUCUCUCCCUAUCGAACAUCACCUCUAGCUUCAGACUCAUUUCAGACAAACCAAUUCAACGGCCACGUGCAAACUCCUGAAUCUUCGCCUGCGAGGUCUCCUGAACCGCAAGGAAGGAGAAGUGCUCCAGCUGAACCCCCUCUACCUACCCCGGACGCAUCACCAGUCGAGAACGAGAAAGAGAACUUCCAGUACGAAGAAAGGCGUCGAGCGAUAAACGCGUCGUCCAUGUCGGAUUCCUACACUUACAAAUCUUUCCGCACGCCUGGUUCAUACUCGCCUGCACCGGUCGCCGCUAUGGGGAUGGCCAAUGGAAUGUACGUCAUGUGUACACAGAGGACGUUAGCGGAGCAGUCUCCAUUGGUAACAGGCACAUUCUUUCCACCAGUCGCAACCUCCCAAGACCAGCAGACAUUAGGGUCCUCUGUGCCCAGAGUUUCAUCCGCACCAAGCGGGCCGCUAAGUGCAGAAUACAGCAUACAGUAUCACCCAUACGAGCAAUAUGAACAUCAGAUGUAUAAGACAGAGGACACUUACGUGUCUCACUAUCCUGACCAACCGAAAACUGAAUACGAAGAAUAUAAUUCUGGUGGUACUUACUUUGCUGAAGAACCACCCAAUCAGCCUCAAGAAGCAGAACAAAAUAUAAUGAAUCCUCGAUCGGAGAUCCGAACAGGUUCUCCGGAGUCAGAUGUAGAUGCGAGAGAGUUUGAUAAGUAUUUAGAUUAUGGAGCAGAAGGAACAAUGGAGCAUUACAGAUACGAGCAGCAGCAGCAGCAGCAGCAACAGCAGCAGCAGCAAUAUCGGCAGUCAUACUGUAGCGAGCCGACUCCAGCUCCAGAAUACUGUUCAGAAAGGAUGUACCCAUCUCCUUACGCUUCAGUCAUCGCAGGAACUCCGCCCGGUCCUUAUAUACCACCCCCAGCUGGAACAACUGACGCUCGGUCUGAUGAUGAAUUCAGUGUCAUCCUCGCGGGCGUCAGGCAGACCUGUUAUAGCAAUUGACAAUAAUUCAUAAUAUGUAGAUCGUUAUGUACUCUUUUCAAAUGUAGCCCAAAGAGUUAUUUUUGAGAUCAGUGAUUUAAAUGUUAAAUAUUUAAAUAUAUGUAUCUUAGCAGUGCUUAGGAUCGAAAACUGUUGAUGAAAAAAGAUGAUUAUUAUGAAAUACAUAUUAUUAACUGACCGAUCUGUUAUACUUAUUAUGGAACAGGAAACAAUUCACACUGACUGAAAAUAGUACAUGAUUCGCACUAUUUCAAGUAUGAAAUAUAUAAAAAAUAUAUUUUGUGAUUAUUUUUAAAAGACAUUACUUAGAGAAAUAACAUGAAUCAAAGAAUUCAGUUGAAUUCCAUAUGUUGAUCUAGUUUAUAUAAUUCUGUUUGUUUUUUUUUAAGGUUCGAUUCGUUAUUUAUUUACGGGUAACGCGGUUAUCUAAAAUAUACCAAUACUUUAUAGUGGCUAGUAGUUAGCUAUAAACUGGAAAAUUUAGACGAAGUCGCGAGAUGGAGUCGUUAAAUCAAGAAAUUUUACCAUGCAUGCAUAACAUUGUACUUACAGCAGGACAAAUUAAAUAUCAUAUAAAAGACCUUUCCUUUUUAGCAUUAUUUUAGUGACUUCCCAUCUUAGUUGUAUUGGGUAAAUUCUCAAAUUAUUUAAACUAUUUUAUUAUCUUAAAUAUUAAAUAUUCGUUUUGAAUUAUUGUCGUUUUAUAAUUUUUCUAUCAAAAUCUUAAUAUUAGACCUCGCCAGAUAGGUUAUAGUAAAUAUUUGUACGAAACGAUUUAAGAAUUUCGAUUUUGCAAGAAAAUUAUAUAUAGUUGAGAUUGACGCAAAACGCCAGUCAUAUAUUUUUGUUUCACCAUGUUUUUUUAAUAUUAUUUAAUUCGAAUAUAACUAUUUAUAUUCAAAUGGUGCUACAAUAAUGGUACAUUUCCUAAAUUGUGCUCGCUUUUAUGACUACUUGCAGUGGAAAUUUUAUGAAGUUUGUAUACGAGAGAAGUUAAAGUCGUUUCCUAUGUAAAAUGGUAAAAGAUUAUUUAUUUGUAACUAUUUUUGUAAAUUUUUGCUAACAAUAAUAUCUUCGAAUUAUUCAAAAACAUAGCUCUUCC